CGACCUAUAACAUCAUCAACGCAAUCAACGGCAACCUCCAAGUACCAUCAAAGCCACGACUCAACCGCCGAGUAUCGAACCCUAAUCAAUUUUUAUCCUGAUGACGAUUGCGAACAACCGUCAAAAUGGUUUAUGAUUGGGAUGAUAAGGAAGAGUUAUGCUAUCGCAUGUAUAUUGAUGAGAAAAAAUCAUUGGAAGAAAUUAUGGAAUUUAUGAAAGAAACCAUGUCCUUUAAUCCAUCGUAAGUCUAUAUCCUGUUUGAACUGCACUGCACUGUCCUGCGCUGCAAGCUAUAGUAUACUAUAGCAGCUAUAGCAUCAUGCAUCAUAUAUCGAUAUGCACACCCGUACCACUCGCACUGACAAUGACCCUGAUAAGCAAACGUGCAUUUCAAACCCAAUUCAAAAAAUGGGAAUUCCCCUCGAAACAGAACCCUGCACAUAGGAAUGAGCCACUCGUUCAGCGCGUCAAGGAGCUAUGGGACAUCAAUACCUCACAGCGAGAAAUGCUUCGCAUUCUCAACGAGGAGGGAUUCGAGAUCAAGGAGCGUGAACUCAUGCGCGUCAGGGCGAAGAAUCGCUGGCUGUUGCGAGUACCUAAUGGGAACAAAUCAAAGAAGCUGAUGGAUCAAGAUGUAGAAAAUCAAUUACAACAGGCAUUUUACAACAAUGGACAAUUACUAGAAGGAGAACAGCAGAUGGAAGGACAAAUGGAAGAUUUACCACCAACUUCAUCCACUCCCAAGAACAACUCUAGAGCUGAAUCCCCACCACUUAGUCCAGAGGUCAUGGCAAAAAGACAAGAACGUUACGCUAAGUUACAAGCUGAAUCUGCAGAAAGAUGGGCCGCUCGCAAACGUCGUCGUCGCACCCGUGGCUGGGCUGGUCUCCCGGCAGAUCCUCCAGGACCCCCUCGAUUUCCUUCUGAAACAACUAUCGAUGAGAGCAAGUCUUUCUUGAGUCUUGAUAAUCGUCUAUAUCGUGAUAUAAGGGAAAGAUUCCAACGCAUAUGCGAAGAAGCAGGUAUCAUUAAGAAGACCAUCGCUGGACCCGAGCGUUGGGAAGCUGCAAAGGAUAGACUCAUACAAGAGAGUGAACAUCUACAAUCAGUUUUCUGGAAUAACGAUGAUAAUCUGGACCCAAAGAAGCUAGCUCUCGACGUUGUUUGUGGGGACGUAACAAAGCGAAUGCGAACCUUGCAGCGUCGUAUGACUAUCGCCGAAGCCAAGAAUGCUCUAGGAGUAAACCCCGAGGAGUCCAGACAACUUCGUAAUGCUUUCUACCAGACUUUGAAAGCUGACCAUUUCACCAGUAAGCUUGAAGCUGGUGAAGAACAUUGGCAGGAGCUCAAGGCAUCCUGGAUUAAUGGAUCGGAGCUAUUGCAGAAUCUACUUGCGCCUGGAGAGGCUGAUCCUCAGCAUGGCCAAAAAGUAAAGGCGAUGGAGGUUCUAUGCCGAGACGUCAUGAAGCGUCUUCGUGAUGAUCAGACUAAACGUGAUCCAACAAGGAGAAAGAAGUUUGAUAGUACUUUCCAACCUGGUCAAACUAUGGAACAAUUCCACCACAAUCAAGAAGGAGCGCCAAAUUUCCAACCAGAUCCACAGGAAGCACUUAUUCAAACUGCAGCUCAUGCUCAUGCUCACUCGCAGAACCAAGCUCAGUCUCACAUGCAAGCGCAAGAAUCUCAUAUGCAAGCACAAGCUCGUCAGGCUCAGGCUCAGGCUCAAGCCCACGCACAUGCGCAAUCCCAAGCUCAAGCACAGGUCCAACCACAACCCCAGGCUCAUACACCUGUUAUGGUUAAUCACGGUGAUAUUCAGAAUCAUGGUGACAUGCAGAUUGAUCCAUCUCUACUUCUUGCCGCUGCUAAUGAUCCUGGUUUGAUGAAUCGAAGUAUGCAAAACCAAUUUGCGCAUCCCCAAUAUACGGAUCAACAAUAUGUUGACCAAGCUGCCCAAGCAUUUCCAUCAGCCGCUCCGUCAUCUAUGAUUGCUUACUUUCGGCUACAUCCAGCAUCAGACGUUACUGCCCCAUCUAGGUUAUGGAUGGAUACACUGAAUGGAACCUCUCUUGAGGAGCUACGCCGGCUGGCUGCAUCCAAAUUUCCUGGGGCAAUUACUGGUCGUGUUGAGGGGAUCAUGUUGGGGCCUUCUGACCAAGAUUUGACAAUACCUAUUGACAACGACAGUGAACUGGAUGCCUAUUUGGGAGCUAUUGGUGGUGUCAAGCCAUCAUUUUCUGUUCAGUUAUUUAAUGCAUGGAAGAAUGCCUAGACAUCGUGAGAAGGACUAUUUUCUUGUGGUGUACGGUACGGUAGGGUAGGGUUGGGAUGGAUUGAGGGGGUUGCUGGUAGUUUGCUCAUUAUUUUGGGGAUGGGGCGUUCCGAACUGAUAGUAAAGAAUACUGUCUCUCAUGGAUUGGUUUCAUCUUAUUGAGUAAAAGGCGGCUGGUAGGUUGAUGACCUAAACACGCACUCUUUACUCCACUCUUAAGACUGCGGUUCCCUUCAUAUCCUAUAUAUUCUCAAUCGAACCCAUUUAAUG